AUGGCCUCGGCUGCUAGAUCUGCCUCUCGCGCCUUCCUGCGCUCCACUCCGGCGACCUCUUCCUUCCGUCCCGCUGUCCGUGGCGCUCGCUUUGCUCUUCCCGCUCAGGGCUUCCGCGCUGCUUCUCGUCGGGGUUAUGCCUCGGAGGCCAACUCCGGCAAGUCCUCCUCCAGCGUCUUCCUGUGGGCUGGUCUGGCCGUCGCCGGUGGUGCUGGUGCAUACUUCUACCUGAACGGCAGCGAUUCGGUGGACUCCAAGAACUUCGUCCCCAGCAAGGAGGACUACCAGAAGGUGUACGAUGCGAUUGCUGCUCGUCUGGCCAAUGAGACCGACUAUGAUGAUGGCAGCUAUGGACCUGUCCUCGUCCGCCUCGCAUGGCACGCAAGCGGUACAUAUGACAAGGAGACUGGCACCGGUGGCAGCAACGGUGCCACCAUGAGAUUCGCUCCCGAAUCCGACCACGGCGCCAACGCUGGUCUCAAGAUUGCCCGGGACUUCCUGGAGCCCAUCAAGGCCCAGUUCCCCUGGAUCACCUACUCGGAUCUCUGGACUUUGGCCGGUUCCUGUGCCAUCCAGGAGCUGGGUGGUCCCACCAUCCCCUGGCGCCCUGGCCGUCAGGAUCGGGACGUCGCUGCCUGCACCCCUGACGGACGUCUCCCCGACGCCUCCAAGGACCAGCGCCAUGUCCGCGACAUCUUCUACCGCAUGGGAUUCAAUGACCAGGAGAUCGUGGCCCUGAUGGGUGCCCAUGCCCUGGGCCGUGCUCACACCGACCGCUCUGGCUUCGAUGGCCCCUGGGAUUUCAGCCCUACCGUCUUCUCCAACGAGUUCUUCCGCCUCCUCGCCGAGGAGACGUGGCAGAAGAAGAAGUGGAACGGACCUACCCAGUUCACCGACAAGACCACCAGCACCCUGAUGAUGCUUCCUAGCGACAUGGCCAUGAUCAAGGACAAGGAGUUCAAGAAGCACGUUGACCGCUAUGCCAAGGAUAGCGAUGCCUUCUUCAAGGACUUCUCGGACGUCUUUGUCAAGCUCCUCGAGCUCGGUGUUCCCUUCACCAGCAAGGCCGAGGACCGCUAUGUCUUCAAGCCCUCUGAAUAG